CCCCCUCUAGAUCUCUAGAGGCCCAAUCUAUCCCUGCAGCGACUUAAACAAACAACACAGAAUAAGGAAGCACAUUCUCUCCCGAGUUCUUUUGACCUUGGUUCGUGCCCUGAACCACAAUUUCGGGUUUGACCAUGGACAUGAUAUGAACUAGCUAUCGCGCUGUGCUGGCAAUUAUCAUAAAAGGUAUUGUCUUGGACGAGUUGCGUUACAGGCGGAGAGUGUGAUGACGCUGCGACACGUCAAUUACGCCCCGUUGCAAUUAUUCUGCAAGCCUCAAUCUUUUGAAAAUGAACAAGGGCCUCUUAUCUCAUCCAGGAAGAGUUCAAGCGCAUAAACAGAGUAUUCGAGAAAUUUCAUUACCAGCCACGAUGGCAACCACAACUGUUACUACAUCGGCUUCCGUGAGAGGCUUGCCAUCGCCGCGGCCAUCGAAUUACUCGCUGAUUCGGCCUACCUCGGCAUCAGUUGCUUCACCCUCAUCGAAGUCAGCGAGAGACAGACAUAUUUCCACCGUGGACCAUCCGCGAAGCCCUUCAGGAAAUUACCCGGGCCAUAAAAGUCUUCAACGCGGCAUCCCCAGCCACGGAACGACGGGCACUGGGUUUCCGAAUGGAUCAUCCCUUCCUCCUAGGGGCUUUGCGCUACUCACUCACGAGGAGGGAAUUGUGGAUGAACUGCGCAGCUAUGGAUAUGGUCAAGACUCGAGUCAUUUUCCUGGAUCUGAGGAGCUGCAAGGUGGAAGCCCAGGUCGUACUACCCCUUCUAUUCUCCAAACGCAAAGAAUGUCAGUCGUGAAGCCUGCAACAGGGCACCCGAUCGGAGGAGUUGACACAGGCAAUGCUUUUGGAGGUAAUACACCGUCGAUGACCAUGUGUUUAUGCCAACCGGAUCCGAAAAUUCCACGGCCGCGGAAUGCUUUCAUCCUUUAUCGUCAACAUUUCCAGGCCGGUAUCAUAGCACAAAAUCCUGGCCUGUCCAAUCCUGAGAUUUCAAAAAUCAUCGGCGAGCACUGGCGGUCACAGAGUCCCGAAGUAAAGAACGCCUGGAAGGCGUUGGCUGAGGAAGAAAAGGCUCGUCAUCAGCAGCAAUAUCCAGACUAUAGAUACCAGCCCCGGAGAAACGGUAGAGGAAAUAGUGUCAGCGGUGCAUCAACGAACUCUACGACGUUGACUCUGGGAGAUACGGGUCGCUGUCUCAAAUGCGGCGGACGGGCUAUUAUUACCCCUCAUACUCCAAAUACUCCCUUUACUCCUAAGGGGACUGCUUCGGUUCCAGAGACACCUGCAAUACCUACUCCUACGUCCGCACAUCUCCAGGGACUUGUUCUAUCUGACUCGAGCGGCGCUGCUGCUCAUGUACAAGGGCAAUCUGAAAGUAUUGGGUUAGGGAUAGAAGGCAUUCCGCGUUUACCGCCCGUCAUGGCCCCUUCUACACCGAUCCAUUCCUCUCCGCAGCACCAUCGCCACCGAGCUGCUGCUGUAUUCAUGCAACCUCGGCAGGAGCAACAUGAUCAGCAUUCUGAGGUGAGAGGCAUGGUCAGACAACGAGAUAUUCAAGAAGAAGAAUCACGUCUCUCAGUUUCCCCUGUCUUUAAACGACGCCGUAUCGAGCACGUCAGCAGCAGCCUCAGCAGCGGCCAGGGCAGUUCAGAUGCUGUUGGGGAGCCGCAUCCAAGAUCGAAUCCUGAUUCUGAAACAGCUAGUCCUAGGGUAUCAACUUUAGUACCGUUAUUGCACCGCGGAGAGCAAAAUCGUCGGGGAUCUCUGUCUCGUGCAGAGAUUUUAGGCUCAGCGUCGCCUCGAUUGAUGGGACCACCGCCACGCCCGCAACGACAUGAUCCCUCACUCAUUCUUCCGCCUCUACAGACUGAUCAUCCAUCCCAGUCGCCGCCGUCUCGGCCUCAUCUUGUUCCAUCGCAAGCACACUCUCCUCAGCAGUCUUAUUCUCCGUACCAAAAGAAUUUUCUUCCGCCCGGAUCGGCCACUAGAGCCGCCUAUCUCACAUCUAAUUCAUCACCGGUAAAUGCAGCUUCGCGGUACCACCCACUCAGCAUUCUUCACCAUAACCGCCGUCCAGGAGCUGCAGCUCACCCUCUUUCUCUUUCACACACACAUUCAUACUCCCAGCAUUCCCACACUCCUACCCAUCCCCACGUGCACACUCCAUUCCCUCACCAUCUGGCGCCUCCUCAAUUUCAGUAUCAGCGCUCGCCGCCUCUCAUCCCAGCGGUGACUCCUAUUCACGCUUCUCAGAUGCGCCCUCAAUCCCAUGUUUUGGGCCAUGCUCGGUCCGGCAGCCAUGGAGGUUUUCAAAUGUCCAUGGAAGCGGCGUCCCCUCAGAAUAUGCAGCAGAUGAACCAAGCACAGCAAGCACGUAAUACCAUUGAAGCCAUGGUCACGACUAUCCCAACCACGAAUAAGAUCAAAGUUCUACACAAGAUCAGCCCGCCGCUUGCGAUGCCCGGCCAACGAGGAUCCACCUCUCCAACGUAUAGGAUUCGCGGUGCAAUUGUCGCCGUGGAAGGCGCACCAGGCGUUGUGCUGAACACGAUUGUGCAGUCACUUGAAGAGUUUUUGAUUCGAGGUGGUGAGUGUGCAGUGCAAAUCGUACGAGGGGAGUCUGACGGCUACAUGGAUGGCAUUGGAUCGGAUGGUGAACCAAUACACAAGACCGGGAUUGAAAAGGGCUCCAAGAAAAAGGUACCGGGCACUGCUAGAGAGGCAUUGAAAGAGAAGAAACUGGACACCAACCAAAUGGAUGCCUCUGACCAGAGCAAAGCUCCACACUCGGACCCUGUGGACGUGACAAAUCCCAAUCAGUCCAGGGCAGCAAAUUCGUCAGAACCUAAAUCGUCUGACUCGUUGGUGGAAUACCUUGACUGCAUCAAGCGGUGGCAUGCGCGUUCUGCCGAUAUUGUCAAAUACAUAACAUCACGACCGGGAGACCAAACAUUGGCGCAGGAAACUGGAACAGCAAGGCCGGCAUCGACAGCGGCUCCGGUUCAAAAGUUGUCUGGGUCUGCGAUGCCUGUGACGCUGGUGACGAAUUACAUGCUUGCCCAUUCUGACGCAGCAGCCAUUCGCAUCCCAAUUGCCGACGCCUAUGCCCCAGUCGAUCACUGGCAAUGGAUGGCAACUUUGUGGCGGGGAAUCGUUGGGCCGGACUUGACUAUAUAUGUCAAAGAAGUGGGCGGCUCAUCAGCGACGGCCAUGAGUCCAGUGACCCCAGUGAUUACGCAUCGAAGGUCCAGCUCAGCAGACUUUGUGCCGAGCGAACAGGGAGGCGCAAAUACAGAGACGAACCGAGGCGGAGAUAUUCAAGAGUCUCAACCCCAAAAAGGGCUGCAGACCAAGGUGCUCUCCGAGACUGAGGGACGAAAGCAACCGCAGCAUGAGGGACACCAUGCCACCGACCUUGGAAACUCUAAAAAGAAGGAAGGAAAUAGUGAGAUUAUCAAGAGUGAUCGAAACAAGUCCAAUUCGACGAGAAGAGAAAGCAACGCUCCCUCGCCAUCGCCAUCGCGCUCACUGGGAUCACAAUCUUCUACUACACCGUCACCACCAAGACCUUUAGUAGCAAGUAAAACGACGCCCCCCACAGAUAUAUCACCAAGUGCUGCAGCGUCGCCAAUACCAAAUAACCAAAAAGCUCGACUCGUGAACCGUAAUCGGGACCAAGCUUCAGCGGGCAGCCCUACUCCUUCUUCCGGAGCUGCUGCUCCUGCUCCUGCUUCUUCUUCUUCUACUCCUCUUCCUGAGUCGGCAUCAAUCCCAAGCAGUGGCGCAGGCGCAGGCCCAGGCUCAAACCACAGCCCCAGCUCCAGUCUCAGCCUAAGUCCUGGAAUCGGCGUCGAAAUCCGUCCCGAAGCACGCAUCAUCAUUGUGCGCGUCGAGCGCGGCACCUUGAGUACUACUACCCAGUCUAGUCCCUCCACCAUUUAUACUACUACUGCUACUGCUACUACUACUGCUACUGCUGCAGCCCCAACCACAUCCACAGCCGCAAUUGAGACGCAGAGCGCAGUCCCAGCGGAAUCGGAAACGGAAUCGUCUGGCGAAAAGGAGGAAGAAGAACAAGUUAAUAAAGUCAAAGACAGUUGGUGGAUGCGUAGACUUGGAUUCGAAGUCGGCGAGUGGGUUAGAGGAAUCGCCAGUUCUGGCGUUGUCGAUGCGCCUUGAGUAGAGAUAUACGUUGUGGUGGUGGUGGUGGUGGUGGUGAUGUUCUUUUUCUUCUCCUAUUUUUUACCCCCCUUCUUUCAUUUUUGUUAAACCCUGGCGUUCUAUUUUGAUUUAAUUUCACCGUUUAUUCUUGAAGUUUAAUUUUGUCUUUUCUUACUCGCGUUAGGUACCAGCACGCAGAGUCCCCUUUUCUUUCUUUCCCCUCCUUUUCUCCUAUUUGUUUGUAAGCCAGUGAGUCCGAGUCAGAGCCCGAGUCUGUAAGUCAGAGUCAGUG